AUGGCAUCAUCAAUAUCUGGCAACGGCGGUGCUUUACUUCUAGCAAGCAUCUGUCUUGGAGGUAUCUGGCUCUACAGACGCGUAUCGACUUUGCGUAACGUCCCAGGGCCACCGUCUUCCAAUUUCUUUACCGGCAGUUUGUUGGAUCUCAUUGCUCCUGCCACGGGACGCGACUGGCAAAUCCAUGUUAACAAUGUUUAUGGUGGAGUGGCGAAGUUUGGGACUCUCUUUGGGGGCAGCUCUCUUUUGAUUAAUGAUCCUAGGGCGCUACACCAUAUCCUUGUGAAAGAGCAGGACGUUUUCGAGGAGUGGGAUGCUUUCGCUUCUACGAAUGGACUGCUAUUUGGACCAGGUCUUGUGGCCACUACAGGAGCGCAACACAAAAAGCAGCGUAAAAUGCUGACGCCAGCUUUCUCCGUCAAAUAUCUCCGAGGAAUGACACCUAUGUUUGUUAACAUUGCUAGAGAGCUCGAGACACACAUUUCGUCUCUCGUUAAAGGCAGCGCCCGUGAAGUUGAUGUCACAGCCUGGCUUAACAGAUUUGCCCUCGAGGCCAUCGGAAGAGGCGGGAUGGGGCAUUCAUUUGGCAGUAUGGCCAAAGCCACAGAAUUCUCAGACGCGACAAAGGAACUUGCGGCCACUGUUUCCGUCAUGGUACCAGGUGCUCCUUUCACUCCCUUCUUCAAAUACCUUGGACCUCGUCAGCUUCGUCGAUUUGUUCUGCGUUUAAUUCCCUGGUCCCUCCUUCAGCGUUUAGUGGACAUUGUGAACAUUAUGGACAACGAAGCUCAAAAGAUUCUGAAAGAACAAGAGAAGGAUAUCGAUGCUGGUGUUGACGACAAGGACGGAAAAGAUAUAAUGGGUAUUCUUUUAAGGGCAAAUCGGUCGAGUGAUGAAUCUGAGCGUAUGUCGGAAGAUGAACUCGUUGGUCAAAUAUCGACUCUCGUUUUCACCGCCAUGGACACCACUUCCGGAGCUAUUGCCCGCACUCUUCAUUUAUUGGCACAACAUCCCGAAGUGCAAACCAAGCUGCGGGCAGAGAUUACUGAGGCAUAUCACGGCCAAGAUGAGGCUAUCGACUUCAGCAAUCUCACUGCGCUUCCUUACUUGGAUGCUGUGAUCAAGGAAACGUUAAGAGUGCACCCUCCCAUUCCAACUAUUUUCCGACAAACUAUGCAAGAUACGGUUGUCCCGCUCCUUCACCCCAUCACCGGUGCUGAUGGCACAGUCAUGAACGAAGUACAUGUCGAGAAGGGCACUGAUAUUUUCAUCAACAUCAUCGGUGCAAAUCACAACCCAAAGACUUGGGGCGAAGACGCCAGUGAAUGGAAGCCUGAGCGUUGGCUUUCCGAUCUCCCCGAAAGUGUAACCAAGAUUAAGGAUUUGGCUGGAGUUUUCGCCCAUCAAAUGACUUUCAUUGCUGGGAACCGUGCUUGUAUUGGAUUUAACUUCGCUCAACUUGAAAUGAGAGUUGUUCUGGCCAUUCUGCUCCAAUCCCUCGAAUUCAGCAUACCCAAGGACAAAGAGAUCGGUUGGAACGUUGGCCUCUUGAUGACACCCGUUGUCAAAGGUUCCAACUCCAUCCAUGCCCAGCUCCCUCUCAUCGUUAAGAAGGUCAAUGCCUAA